GUCAAAAAGCCCACGACGGUUAGACUAACAAAUUAAGCGUUAAAACAUGAAAUCCCUAUUUUAUUAGCAGAUUCUUUUGCCGAACGCUGUCGUUUUGGGGGUUAAAGGCCACCCAAUAAUAUCCCCAAUUUUUACACAACCAAAUUUCCAGUUUCACCACCAACAAUGGCAUUCUCUCUCACACAAUUCCCACUCCCCACCGCAUCACCACCAACAAAACCCACCACCACAAAACUCUCAACAACAUUCAAAUCCAAUUUCACCACCACCACCACCGUAAAAAUCAACAACCACCACCACCGAUUCACCCUCAUCCGCAACGCCGCAGAAGAACAACAACAAAAACCCACAACCACAGAAUCCGAAACAACUCAACAACAACAACAACCACCGUCGGAUGAGGAAUUAUCGGAACUGGGUGCAGAGAUCAAGAAGGCCAUGAUGGAUAGAGACGAGGUUAAGAAAGAUGAGAGUAUAUGGGGCGGAGUAGCGGAGGAGAUUGGCCGGAUUGAGUGGCCGGCGUUUAAUAAGGUGUUAGGGACAACAGGGGUUGUGCUGGGGGUUAUUGCCGGUUCCAGUGUCGUUUUGCUUACUGUUAAUGCCGUUUUGGCUGAGCUUUCUGAUCGGGUGUUCGCCGGACGUGGGGUUCAGGAUUUUUUUGGAUAAGGGGUUGCGGGAUUGGGUGCGGGGGGGGUGUAUGUGGUUACUGUGGUCUGCGGGAUUUUUAGUUGUUUUAACUUGUGUUGGCUGAAAAGAAAUGAAACAGGGAGAUUUUCUAUUUUGUUCUUACUA